AUGCUCAACUGUAAGCAAGAUGGAGCUGAACUUGGAAAACAAAUUAGGAAAAUUGAUAAAAUCAUCAAGAAAAGCAUCUUAGUUGAAGACAGUAAUCCUGCUCGAUACCAUCUGAAAGCAGAGUCUGACAAUUUGGAUCAAUUUGGACCAUAUAGACAAAUAACCUUUGGAGAGAGAGACAAACAGAAACCACAUAAAACCAUUCUGAUGGCUGGAGAAACAGGAACAGGUAAAACAACUCUGAUCAAUACGAUUAUCAACUACAUGUUGGGUGUUCAGAGAAAAGACAAGGUUUGGUUUGAGAUCACAGAUGAUCAGAGUGACCGAACAUCAGUUCACAGUCAGACCUCCAGCAUCACUGUUUAUGGGUUUUAUCUAGAAGAUAGUCCAAUCCAUUUAACAAUCAUCGACACUCCAGGAUAUGGAGACACACGUGGAGUUGAGCUUGAUAAACAGAUUGCUGUGAGUUUGUUUAGUUUAAGUAGAUUUGAUGACUGUGUCCAUGAAAUAGAUGCAGUGUGUCUGGUGAUUAUGGCACAACAAAAUCGACUCUCUGACAGACUCAUAUACAUAUUUGAUGCUGUUCAGUCUCUAUUUGGAAAUGAUAUUACUGAAAACUUUGUCUUGCUUUUCACACACUCAUCUGGUACUCAACCUAAAAAUGCUCUGACGGCUGUUAAAGCGGCUAAAAUUAAGUGUGCAGUAAAUGACAAGAAUCAGCCUGUGUUUUUCCUGUUUAACAACUGUCAGUCAGACGCCGCUGAUGAAGAAUAUGAAACGAUACAAGAACAUGCAUGGAAUCUCAGUUUCAGAGGAAUGGCAGGAUUGCUCAAGUUUCUUGACGACAUAAAACCAAAAACCUUGAAAGUGACUCAAGAUGCUUUACAAGAAUGGAAGCAGUUGGAGGCAAAUAUCUCCAAUCUACAAUCACGAGUUCAAGAGAUGAAACAAAAAGAAAAUCAGCUGAAGCAAACUCAAGCAGCUCUGGAGCAGAACAAAGAACUUGUCAAAAACAAUAAGAACUUUGAGUAUGAAGUUGAAGUGCCCUACAAAGAGAAGGCUGAUAUUGAUUAUUCUCUGGCCAACAUGGCGAUGUGCUGCACCGUCUGUGAGGAGAACUGUCAUUAUCCAGGAUGCUGGUGGAUCAGUGGUCUCUCGUGGUGCAGCGUGAUGAAAGAUAAUCACUGUACAGUGUGCACUAAUAAAUGCCACUACAGUGAACAUGUCAAGGGAGCAAAAAUGUAUGUAGCAAAGACAAAGAAAGAGAAAAGCACAUAUGAAGAUUUAAAGAAGAAAUAUGAUGACAAAAUUGGGGAUGGUGAGUGUGUGGUCAAGAAGCUGGAAGAAGAACUGCAAGAAUUACAGAAAGAGAAAAUAAGGCUUGUGAAUGAAGCUUUUCACUCUAUUAGAGCUCUGGAGAAGAUCGCCCUCAACACUGAUUCACUGUUUAGACUUCUACACCUUGAUUUUCUGAUUGAGAAGUUAAAGGAAAUAAAUGAACCCGAAAAGGCCAAAACACUGGAAAACAUUAAGAAGGGAGCAAAAUAA